CGCAUCUAUUCAAGUUUUUCCAACUCCUUCCACAUUUCCGCCAUCCCCUAUGCAACACCUUGGGGAAAAGGAAAAUUAAAAACAAAAUAAAAAGUAAAAAAAACCCAAAAUCAGAGAAAAAUCAGGAAGAGGAAGCAGCGAUGGAGCACCACACCACCACGACCCGAGCGGAAGCGGAACGGCUGCUGGGAGUCUCAGAAAAGCUGCUCCGUAACAAGGACUAUUCCGGCUGCAAGGACUUCGCGCUGCUGGCUCAAGAAACCGAGCCGUUGCUUGAAGGCUCCGACCAGAUCUUGGCCGUCGCCGAGGUCCUCUUGUCGUCCGCGAGGAAGAUCCACAACCACCACGACUGGUAUGCAAUUCUGCAGAUCGGUGGCCGAACCGACGAUCCGGAGCAGAUCAAGAAGCAAUACCGCCGGCUCGCACUCCUCCUCCACCCGGAUAAGAACAAGUUCGUGUUCGCCGACGCCGCCUUCGGCCUCGUUGCAGAUGCGUGGGCCGUCCUGUCAGAUCCAACGAAGAAAUCCGCGUUCGACAACGAAUUGUUGAUCUAUCAAAAGGUAGAUUUGGUGCCGAAGAGGAAGCCAGCCACAAGGCGGCAGCCAGCGCCGGCUCCAGCGCCAGCGCCCGCCGAGGCAGCUCGUGGAUUCGAGGAUCAAGGUCAUAAACUCCCGGUGAGAAGAAGCUCGCGAGUAAGCGGUGUUAACAAUAAUAAUGAGAACAGUAGCGAUGGUAAUGAGACUAACACCAAUUUCAAUAGCAACACUAAUGGGGCUAAUCAGAGUGUGGGCGAGAAAAUGAACCCUAGGAGUGUUGGUACUGGGGCGAAACCUCAAAGAUCAACCUUUUGGUCUGUUUGUCCCUACUGCUACAACUUGUAUGAGUAUGACAGGACUUACGUAGGGUGCUGUUUAAGGUGUGAGAAUUGUGAGAGGGCAUUCACUGCGGCCGAGAUAAGGCAGAUGCCUCCUCGUGUGCCGGGGAAGAAUGCUUAUUAUUGCUGUUGGGGAUUUUUUCCAAUGGGCUUUGUGUUGGGAAAUGCCGAUGAAAAGAGGAGCAUUUCAACUACGGCUGCUGCUGUCAAUGGCUUUCCCAAUUGGAUGCCUCCCAUGUUCCCAGGUGGUGGUGGUGGUGGUGGUGGAGGAGGAGGAGCACCACCAGAGUCCACACCCGCUCCCACUCCCACUCCCACUCAUAUGGCAAAUGGCGGUGGUCCUACAGUACUAACUGGAAGUGUGAAUGGAGGUGAGGGGUUUGUGGCAGUUGGUGAGGGAAAUGCUACUAUUAUGGGGGGUGCUCCAGGGGGAUCUGUGCCGCCAAUGCCCCAGCCAAAGCCAACACCAUCACCCCAACCAGUAUCAGGUGGUCCUAAGAAGAGGGGCAGGCCUAGGAAGAAUCCUCUGCCCUAGAAUUUUCCCAUAUUCCCAGAAUGUAUCAAGUUCGAGAGGGCAGAUGGUGUAGGCAGCGAUCAGGUUGUACUUAGCUUGUGAUUGUUUGCAUUUUGCUUCUAUACAAAUAUAUAUAUUUAUAUUCUGAAUCUAUGUCAGAAAAGUGAGCCCUGAAAUGGCUCUUGUUUCAAAUGUAAGCUGUAGUAGGAGGUGUUUCACCUUUGAACUGUUAGUCUUUUCCUGUUUGUGCUUGUAGAAAAAUUUGAAUAUUUAUCGGAUGCUAUACCCGAUCUCAUAUUUGCUAGAUGAUGAACGGCGAAUGUCCUUGGAACUUAAAAAGAAUUUCAUACACUGUAUUUCUUUGUCCC